CGUCAAUUGCUGAUCAGCUUGAUGCUGGAAAUCUUAUUCCUAUGUGCUCUCUUGGCUGCAACCGAUACAUCAUCUCUGGCAACUUUCCACGCCACUCGAAAACUAGGUUCGAUUCAAUGAUCAUUUGUGACUUGCAUGAGAAAAUGAACAGUUAUCGCUUCUCUUUCUUACACAACAAAACAGUUAUUGCUACUGUGAUGACUCUCACAAGAGUCACAACAAGUGUCACAUGGGUGGAGGACCAUAAGCUGCUUGAUGAUGGACUUCAGUUCUUGAAGCAAGCUAAUUCUUGGAAAUACAAGCUUAAGAAAUUCAUAGAAAAGGUAGUUGAGGAUGCUGAUCAGUCACAGGCGAAUGAGGCCAGUUUGAUUCUCAUAUUUGAGGUAGAACUGCGUAAUUGUGUUUCUCUCUUGGAGUGUUCACCACUUGUUCGACAUAAUGAAACGAACAACUCAAGAGUCUACACAAUUAUUCUAGACGGAGUCUAUCGAGCAAACAAGUUGUUAAACGCUUUGUCUCCGCCUAUUAUCACUGUCGAAUCCAUUUCUCUGCUGAAUCUGCUAGCCUCAGGCUUGAUAUGUUUUGGUCAUGUUGCAGUAAUGGACGAGGGACGUCAAAAGGACUUGCAGUUACUGGAGGAAAUCAUCGAUAAAGGUUUAAAACAUAAGCUUGUACACACGAUUGCAUCACGGUAUUCGAAUUUACCUCCUUUUCAGAUCCAUAUUUUUCAAAUUAGUGUAACAAUCAAUAUGGACGGAAUUGGGUGGAAGUAUAAAGUUCGUAAU